AUGAUGCGAGAACGCCUCGAGAUGCAAAUAAAUUUCACUUUGCCCUAUCUCCUCAACGGUAUUCUCAUCCAGAUUGGACUCCUAUUUGCAUCUCUUCUGCGUCCCAUUAGCAUCCAUAACGGAACUCUAAACCAUGUUGAAUACCAACAAGUUACCACAACCCGGCUGCCAAUAGGUCACAUAGCAGAGGUAACUACCAUUUUGAGCGAAGAGAUUCUAAAGUCGGCCCCACCAGAAGACGAUGGCCGAUUCCUUUUGACCAGCUGUUAA